UUGCCGCUUAUUUUUUAGUAUUCUCUUGGGGCCAGCGACGAUUGGCAACGAUUUUUGCAAUUACUAAUUGUCUUAAAACGUUUUAGUACAACUAUUUUGUGCAUUUAACAAUGUCGCAGAUCUGUAAGCGCGGUUUGUUGAUCAGCAAUCGAUUGGCGCCCGCCGCCCUCCGCUGCAAGUCAACAUGGUUCUCGGAGGUGCAAAUGGGUCCUCCCGAUGCCAUUUUGGGCGUAACAGAGGCUUUCAAGAAGGACACAAACCCGAAGAAGAUCAACUUGGGCGCUGGCGCCUACCGCGAUGACAACACUCAGCCCUUUGUGCUGCCCAGUGUCCGUGAGGCUGAGAAAAGGGUUAUUGGCCGCAAGUUGGACAAGGAGUAUGCCACUAUUAUCGGUGUUCCCGAGUUCUACAACAAAGCCAUUGAGCUGGCUUUGGGAAAGGGUUCCAAACGUCUGGCGGCCAAGCACAAUGUCACCGCCCAGUCAAUCAGUGGAACUGGUGCCCUGCGCAUCGGAGCUGCCUUCCUGGCCAAGUUCUGGAAGGGCAACCGCGAGAUCUACAUCCCAUCCCCAUCAUGGGGCAACCAUGUGGCUAUUUUCGAACACGCCGGUCUGCCGGUGAACCGGUAUCGCUACUACGACAAGGACACCUGUGCCCUUGACUUCGCCGGACUGAUUGAGGAUCUGAAGAAAAUCCCCGAGAAGAGCAUCGUCCUCCUGCACGCCUGCGCACACAACCCCACUGGAGUGGAUCCCUCAUUGGAGCAGUGGCGCGAGAUCUCGGCGGUGGUGAAGCAGCGCAAUCUCUAUCCUUUCAUCGACAUGGCCUACCAAGGCUUCGCCACCGGAGACGUCGAUCGCGAUGCCCAGGCCGUUCGCACCUUUGAGAACGAUGGCCACGACUUCUGUUUGGCCCAGAGUUUCGCCAAGAACAUGGGUUUGUAUGGCGAGCGUGCCGGUGCCUUCACCGUGCUGUGCUCCGACGAGGAGGAGGCUGCCCGCGUGAUGUCCCAGGUCAAGAUCUUGAUCCGUGGACUGUACUCGAAUCCCCCGGUUCAUGGAGCCAGGAUUGCCGCUGAGAUCCUGAACAACGAGGACUUGCGUGCCCAGUGGUUGAAGGACGUCAAGCUGAUGGCCGACCGUAUCAUCGAUGUGCGUGCACAGCUGAAGAACAACCUGGUGAAACUGGGAUCCAGCCAGAACUGGGACCACAUCGUCAACCAGAUCGGCAUGUUCUGCUUCACGGGAUUGAAGCCCGAGCAGGUCCAGAAACUGAUCAAGGAGCACAGUGUCUAUCUGACCAACGACGGUCGUGUUUCGAUGGCGGGAGUCACCAGCAAGAAUGUCCAAUACUUGGCCGAGAGCAUACACAAUGUCACCAAGUAGGGUGGGACAACCAGUGGACCUGUGGAGAUCGAAGUAGAGUCGGAGUUUCCGUAGUACCUUUCAAUCGGCACCUGUACGAAUUUUCUAGCACGAACUCUAGUUAAACCAAUUGCAUUUUGCACUCUCUACAUUUAUCUCUGUAUAUAAGCUAAAUGAUCUGCCUUUUUAAAGUAAAGCAUUUUAAAUAUUAGAAAAUAUA